GCCUUUUGAGUCGUCUUCUUGCAGCAAAGUAGAUUCCGCGGCAAAUCACAAACACCAAUCGGAAUAAUCACACAACAAAUUGUUAUCAGGAGGAGAAGACGAUAGAUAGAGAGAGAGAGAGAGAGAGGAAGGAGAGAUCUUCAAUGGCGGAUUCGAACGCAGAUAAGCCACUGAGAAAAAUCUCAACCGCUUUCAAAGAACUAGCGGUCAUCGUGAAUUCACCGAGUCCGGAAGUUCCUGUAGCGCAAUUCUCUCACGCUUGCUCUCUGGUCUCUCCUCUCUUUGGUUGCCUUGGAAUAGCUUUUAAGUUUGCGGAAAUGGACUAUGUUGCCAAGGUUGAUGAUCUUGUGAGGGCGUCGAGUUCGAUAUCGACAUUAGUGGUAAUGAUGGACAAAGAUAUUGAGGCAGAUUGUGUAAGGAAAGCUGGUAGUCAUACUAGAAACCUUUUGAGGGUUAAGCGUGGUCUUGACAUGGUUAAGGUUCUCUUUGAACAGAUCAUAGCUUCCGAAGGAGAUAACUCCUUGAAGGAUCCAGCAACUAAGUCUUAUGCUCAAGUGUUUGCUCCCCACCAUGGAUGGGCUAUACGGAAAGCUGUUUCUCUUGGGAUGUACGCUCUUCCCACAAGGGCUCACCUACUUAAUAUGCUCAAAGAGGAUGAGGCGGCGGCUAAGAUACAUAUGCAAAGCUAUGUCAAUUCAUCGGCACCAUUAAUCACAUAUCUUGAUAAUCUAUUCCUCUCCAAGCAACUCGGUAUUGAUUGGUGAAGAGCCUGAAAAGACUUAUUAUUAUUAUUAUCACUCUUUAGACAAGAAUAACCUCUGUGCUCAUCAAGUCAUGUAGUGUCAUAACAACAGCGACGAAAUACAUUAUGAAUAAAUUGAUUUAUCUCUU